AUGGCGGCGCUAUGCUCCGCCUCCCCGGCCAUCUCCGCGGCGGCGUGCCUCGGAUCGCCCGCGCGCAGGGUUGCGUCCCUCCUCCGCCUGCGCCUGCGCGCCGCCGCGCGCUCCUACUCCCUCGCGGCGGCACCGCGGGCGCCGGCGGGGGCGCCGUCGUGGCGAGCGCACCGGCGGUUCACGGCGUCCGCGGCUUCCACCACGGAGGCGGAGGAGUGCUCUGGGGUGGAGACGCUGAUCCCGCCCGACAAUCGUAUCCCCGCCACCAUCAUCACCGGCUUCCUCGGUUCCGGCAAGACAACUUUACUGAAUCACAUCUUGACUGCUCACCAUGGAAAGCGAAUUGCUGUUAUUGAAAAUGAGUUUGGAGAAGUAGACAUUGAUGGUUCAUUAGUCGCUGCACAAACUGCUGGAGCUGAGGACAUAAUGAUGCUAAAUAACGGCUGCCUUUGCUGCACGGUGCGUGGUGAUUUAGUCCGUAUGAUUGGUGAAUUGGUGAACAAGAAGAAGGGGAAGUUUGAUCAUAUUGUUAUUGAAACAACAGGUCUAGCAAAUCCAGCACCCAUUAUACAGACAUUCUAUGCAGAGGAUGUAGUUUUUAAUGAUGUCAAGCUGGAUGGUGUUGUUACUUUAGUUGAUGCAAAGCAUGCUAGACUUCAUUUGGAUGAAGUAAAGCCCAAGGGUAUAGUCAAUGAAGCAGUUCAGCAAAUUGCCUAUGCUGACAGAAUUAUAGUUAACAAGAUUGAUCUGGUCAAUGAACCUGAAGUUUUGUCCUUGGUUGAGCGUAUAAGGGGUAUCAAUCACAUGGCUAAUUUGAAGCGAACUGAGUAUGGUAAAGUUGAUUUGGAUUAUGUUCUUGGAAUUGGAGGAUUUGAUCUGGAGAGGAUUGAGAGUGCUGUUGCUGAGAAGUCACAUGAAGACCACGCAGAACAUGACCAUGAACACCAUCAUCAUGAGCAUGAGCAUGAGCAUGAACACGACCAUGACCAUGACCAUGACCAUCAUCACCAUCAUGAUCAUGAUCACGGACAUGAUCAUCACGCACAUGAUCACACUCAUGAUCCUGGUGUUUCUUCUGUGAGCAUUGUUUGCGAAGGGGAGAUGGAUCUUGAAAAGGCUGACUUUUGGUUGGGGAACCUACUGCUGGAACACAGUGAGGAUAUAUACAGGAUGAAAGGACUACUUUCUGUCAGUGGAAUGCCACAGCGAUUUGUCUUUCAGGGAGUGCAUGACAUUUUCCAGGGAUCUCCUGAGAGGAUGUGGGAGCCAAAUGAGCCUCGCAUCAACAAGAUUGUCUUCAUCGGCAGGAACCUCAAUAAAGAAGAGCUGGAGAAGGGGUUCAAGGAUUGCCUACUGAAGAAAUAG